AUGAACGGUAAGACAAAAAGGGGAAGUAGACAGCGACGGGGGAACACAUUCUUUAGAAAAGAUCAUGUCGGGCAAGCUCAAUUAUUGAUAAUACACAUACAACCAUUAAAUGCUUCAAGGUUCAUCAAGUGUGUGACUGUUGGUGAUGGUGCUGUUGGCAAGACUUGUAUGCUUAUUUGCUACACCAGCAACAAAUUCCCUACUGACUACGUACCAACUGUAUUUGAUAACUUCAGUGCAAAUGUUGUAGUUGAAAGCACCACAGUAAAUUUAGGCCUCUGGGAUACAGCUGGACAAGAGGAUUACAACCGAUUAAGACCCUUGAGUUAUCGAGGAGCCGAUGUCUUCGUUCUAGCCUUUUCAUUGGUCAGUCGAGCCAGCUAUGAAAACGUACUUAAAAAGUGGAUCCCUGAGCUUCAACAUUUUGCUCCCGGAGUCCCAGUUGUUCUAGCUGGAACCAAACUCGAUCUUCGUGAGGAUAAACGAUAUUUAGCAGAUCACCCAGGACUAGUCCCCAUAACAACCGCACAGGGAGAGGAGCUUCGUAAACAAAUGGGCGCUGCAUAUUACAUCGAAUGCAGCUCAAAAACUCAACAGAAUGUAAAAUCCGUGUUUGAUGCCGCGAUAAGAGUAGUGAUCAAGCCACAACAACCACCAAAAGAGAAGAAAAAGCCACGACCAGGAUGUUUUGUGAACAUGUUUUGCAAUAAGAAACUUACAUGCCUGGGGUAAGACGCAAUAAAGAUUCAUUCAGAUUGUAAUUUAAUGAUCAGAUCGGCUGUCAUUGUUAGUAUAUAGGACGCAAGCAGAGAAGUAUAUUUGUUGGAUAUAUAGAUCAUAUAUCCAUUUCAUUUUUUUUAUGUGUGUUUUAACUAUAACCAUUUUGUAAAAAAUCUCAACACUGAAUAGGUACUUAUAAUUCGGU